UGGCAACUCCUUCAAAAGUUUGCUUUUGGCGUUAAUGUCAGUAAACGUCACACUCUUCUAGGAUUUUUCCAAAAAUACCGAAUAACUAGAGCAACUUAAAAAUGUCCAAGUUUUUUGCAACCGGAGCUUCCGAUUCCGAAUCUGAAUCUAGUGAGGAGGAGGUACAGGCACCAGCAUUUGGAAAGCAACAAGCUUAUGCCUAUAGUGAUGAUGAAGUCGAGGAGAAACGUGUUGUGCGUUCAACAAAGGAAAAACGUUAUGAAGAUCUUACCAGUAUCAUCAAGAACAUUCGCAACUACAAGAAAAUUAAGGAUUUGUCCAGUGUAUUGACCAGCUUUGAGGAUCUUUCUCGUGCCUACACAAAGGCUCUGCCGGUCAUUUCCAAAGAGGAGAAUGGAGUUACUCCUAGAUUUUACAUUCGCUGUUUGGCCGAAUUAGAAGAUUUUAUCAACGACAUAUGGGAGGACCGUGAGGGAAGGAAGAACUUGAACAAGAACAAUUCAAAAUCUCUCGGUACAUUGCGCCAGAAAGUCAGAAAGUACAUCAAAGACUUCGAGGAACAAUUAACCAAGUUCCGUGAAGCUCCCGAUCAGGAGAGUGAGGAGGAAGAGGAACGUCCAGAACCCGAUUCAGAGAGCGAAGAGGAAAGAGCUCCAAUAAAGGCUGUAUCAUUCAGAAAAGAUGUAGAGAAGGUUGCUAAAGCACCUAAAGAUGAAGAUUCGGACGAUUCGAUUGAUUGGGGAUCUGACAGUGAAUCGGAGUCUUCGUCAUCGGAGGACGAUGGUCAAUAUGUGAGCAUGAGAGAUCGUUUCAAGAAGCGCACCACCGAUAAGGAAGAAAAAGACGACGAUGAAAAGACAAAGAAAGAGAAGAAGGAAAAGAAGGUGAAGAAAGUGAAAAUCCAUGGCAAGCGGGAAGAAGACGAUGAGGAGGGCGAAUGGGAGACAGUUACGAAGGGAUCGACUGUCGAGAAACCUAAGAUGUUUGCCAAGGACGCAGAAAUCGAUAUCAAUCUUGUGCUUGCUAAGUUGAAUGAGAUAAUGUCGGCUCAUGGAAAAAAACGUACUGACCGUCGUGCUCAAAUUGAUUUGCUCUACGAGUUGAAGGAUAUCGCUGAAGCAAACAAUCUUGGUAAUGCCGUCGCAGUGAAGAUUCGAUUCAGCAUCAUUUCGGCUAUCUACGACUACAAUCCAAAGAUAUCCGAACCAAUGAAGUUGGAACACUGGCAAAAACUGUUACAGGUUAUGCCUGAUAUGCUUAGCAUUUUGUUAGCUAACAAUGAUAUCAUCAUGACAGAGAAUGUCGCUGAAGAGGCCGAAGAAUACAGCACCUCACCUUAUUACAUUCGUGGUUGCUCAUUGGCCGCUGUUGAACGAUUGGACGAUGAAUUCACCAAGUUGUUGAAGGAGUGCGAUCCACAUUCCAAUGACUAUGUUGCAAGACUUAAGGAUGAAGUUGCUGUAACAAAAAUUAUCGAGAGUGUUUUGAAGUACUUUGAACGCGUUGGUGAUAAUAACGAGCUGUGCAGAGUUUACCUGCGUAAAAUUGAGCAUUUGUACUACAAAUUCGAUCCUGAAGUUCUAAAGAAAAAGAAUGGUGAGUUACCUGAAACUACCAAGACUUCCGUAGAGGUAAUGGAGAAAUUGUGCAAGUUCAUAUACUCAAAGGACGAUACAGAUCGUAUUCGUACCAGAGCUAUAUUGGCGCACAUUUAUCAUCAUGCAAUGCACGACAACUGGUUCCAAGCACGUGAUUUGGUACUUAUGUCCCACUUGCAAGACAACAUCGAUGUUGCUGAUCCUUCAACCAGAAUUCUGUACAAUCGUAUGAUGGCAAAUUUGGGAUUGUGUGCUUUUAGGCAAGAAAAUGUCAAGGAUGCGCAUCAUUGUUUGGUCGAUCUUAUGGUUACUGGAAAACCAAAGGAGUUGCUUGCUCAAGGUCUAUUGCCACAGAGACAACACGAACGAUCUGCUGAACAGGAAAAAAUCGAGAAGCAACGUCAAAUGCCCUUCCACAUGCACAUUAAUUUGGAAUUAUUGGAGUGUGUUUACUUGGUGUCAGCUAUGCUCUUGGAAAUUCCUUAUAUUGCAGCCCAUGAAUUCGACGCCAGGAGAAGAAUGAUAAGUAAGACAUUCUACCAACAAUUGCGUUCCUCCGAGAGACAACCAUUGGUUGGUCCACCAGAAUCGAUGCGAGAACAUGUGGUAGCAGCCGCCAAGGCAAUGCGGUGUGGAAAUUGGCAAGCCUGUGCCAAUUUCAUUGUCAACAAAAAGAUGAACACUAAAGUAUGGGAUUUGUUCUACGAGGCAGAUAAGGUUCGUGAAAUGCUAACCAAAUUCGUCAAAGAGGAAAGUCUUAGAACUUACUUGUUUACCUAUUCGAAUGUGUACACUUCCAUAAGCAUCCCAUCAUUGGCACAGAUGUAUGAGUUGCCAGUUCAAAAGGUCCACUCUCUUAUCAGCAAAAUGAUCAUCAACGAGGAGCUUAUGGCAAGUUUGGAUGAUCCAACAGAGACUGUUGUUAUGCACCGCUCGGAACCCUCUAGGCUACAGGCUCUGGCCAUGCAGUUCACCGACAAAGUCACCAACUUGGUAGAUGUCAAUGAAAAGGUCUUCGACAUGAAGCUGGGCAACUUCUUGCAACGUGGAAACAUGGGUAAUCGGGAUCGUGGUUACAACCGCAAUCAAAACAACCAAGGCGGUAACUGGGGAGGUCAGCGCCGAGGAAACCGUAAUCAACAAGGUCGCAACCAACGUAACCACCAUCAUCAGCAGCAGCAACAGCAACAACAACAAACUAUUGAAGAAGAGUAGACUACUACAUAAAUUCUUCAUUCAAGAGCGCAUUUCUUUAAUCCACUUUCACCAGGAAUCAUUUAAAAACUAGAACAAAUAAUGUCGAAUUAUGGUAAUAAUACCAAUUGGUGUGUUUCCCGGCCUAGGGCAGAGCAAUCAAUUGUUUGUGUUCUACCUUAGGCCGGGAAAGGGAAUAACAUAAGCAACGCGUAAGUUAUUUAGAAUGGGUGUUAUUAUGUAUUCAUUUUUUUUACUUUAAAAUUUGAUUCUAUUGUUUUUAUUUGUAAUUGAUAAAUAAAUUUCAUAAAAAGCGCUGAAAAAUAAAAUAAAUGUUGUCGACUUGUUUUUGAAAAAGUUUAA